AAAAUGCUGUACGUAAUGGCGAACAAAUGUGAAUUUAGCAAUGGCGACGGCAUAGUUGUACAAUAACUGCGUAGCUGAUUUAUUUUAUAUUGUGUGUAACCAAUUUGACUUAUCAUUGGCGUCCUCACGCCUAACAACGGGGCCUUAUAACCCCACAAAUUUACACCGGAAGAAGUAUUGAUUUCUCCGUUAGCAAGAUGAUGAUGUAUACGGGAACUAGUACAGAGCAGGACACCCGCUUCAGUGACAAGGAGAAGAAGCUGAUGAAGCAAAUGAAGUUUGGAGAUUGCCUCACUCAGCAGGUUGACAUGUCAAAAGUGAAGCUCGACGUGCUGAAGCCGUGGAUCACUCAAAAGAUAACAGAAAUUCUAAACAUGGAAGAUGAUGUUGUCAUUGAAUAUGUCACCAACCAGCUUGAAGAAAAGUUCCCAUGCCCAAAGAAAAUGCAGAUCAACUUGACUGGAUUCCUAAAUGGAAAGAACGCACGCCUUUUCAUGGGAGAGUUAUGGGAGCUGUUGCUGAGCGCGCAGGCCAGUGAAAACGGUAUACCCGAAUCAUUUACUCAGCAGAAGAAAGAAGAAAUAAAGAAGAGAAUGGAGGAGCAGCAGAACAAGGACAAAGACAAGGAGCGACGGAGAUCGAGGUCCCGGUCGCGUUCCCGGCGCCGCUCUCGCGACCGACGGCGCUCCCGAACUCGUUCUCGUGAUCGUUCCAGUGACAGAAAGCAUCGUAACGGCGGAAGUCCGCGUCGAUCGAGACGGCGCAGCAGCCCGAUCAGAGACAAGGUCAGCCCUGCGAAAACUGAACCGGAAACCAAAGCUCCAAGUGUAGCAGAGAACGGUAAGUCACCAGAAAAGAAUGAAGAAGAGGUUAAAGAAGAACCAGUUCAGAAUAAUUCUCCAACUGUCAAUGAACCUGUCAAUGAUGAAAACAAGGAACCAACCAUAACACAGAACGUUGAAGAGAAAUCUGAAGUUGAAGGUCAGAAAUCUAGAUCUGUGUCACCUGCUAAGUCAACGGACGAGAAAGAAAAAACCAAUGACGAGAAACCUGCUGAUAAGUCGCGCCGAUCAUCUAGCGAAAGACGCUCGUCUUCAGCUUCAUCCCGUGGCAGUGUGAAGAAGAGAUCGUCACAUAAAAAACGACAAUACCGUUCGAAUCGUGAUUCUUCUACAAGUGUUAGCCCUAGGCGCAGCUCCCGAAGAGAAAGGAGUAAAUCUCGCCGUAGGAGCAGCCGACGUAGGUCGUUAGAUCGUCGUGAGAGGGAAAGAGAACGGGAGAGAGAAAGAGAACGCGAACGUGAAAGAGAGCGACGACGCCGUGAACGAGAACGGCGUGAGAGGUCGAGAGAACGUCGACGAUCGCUUGAAAGACGCAGACGGUCGCGUUCACGCUCUCGACGACGUUCAAGAGACAGGUCUCGAGACCGUCGCCGCUCCCGUUCACGUCGCAGGUCGCGGUCGAGGCGUCGCUCGGGACGCAGGUCACGCGACCGACGCUCACGUGAUCGCCGCUCCAAAGACCGCCGCUCACGAGAUAAGUCCAGAGAGCGAAAAUCGCGCGAUCGCUCCAGGAGAUCCAGGGACAGGAAAUCUCGCGAUAGAAGGUCUAGCGAUAUUAUCAAGGAGCGUUUAGAGAAAUCUGUCUCGAUUCCGAGAAAAGAAAAUAAUGACAAAUUACCCAAAAAGCCUGAGCACCUGCCUAUUCCGCGUGAGCAAUCUAAAGAGCGCAUUAUAUCUAGCACAAGCCGAGAAUCAUCAGUAGCUGUUGAAAAACCCCCACCAGAACCUUUUAAUGACGGAAAAACCCAGUCAGACCACACUGACGACGAAGAGAAAGAAGAUAUUGUAAAUAUUCCAAACCUGCGUGAAUACUCAAAAAGUCUUUCACGCACUCCAUCACCGUUCUUGCGAAGACAUGAAAUUGACAAAAACAAGAAAUCUGAUGAAGUUUCGGGAAAAGAGCAGAAUGAGGACGAAAUAAAAACCAAGGAAUCCAAAAGAGCUAAACGUAAAGCCCAUCAAUCUGAUUCUGAAAGUGCGAGUAGCGAGGAGCUAUCGAAAUCCAAAAGUAAGUCCAAAAUCAAGCGUAAGGAGAAAGGUACAUCUAAGAGAAAUAAGAAACUCAAAAAAGAGAGCUCUUCUAGCGAUAGCGAUUCUGAGGAAUCUUCUUCUAGUGAAUCUGAAGAAGAUAGGAAGAAGAAAAGCAAAAAGAAUGCUAAAAAGAAGUUGGCCAAGAAAUCAAGAAAGAAAAGAGCGCGCUCGUCGAGCUCCGACUCCAGUUCGGAAGAAGAAGUUAAACACAAGGCUUCAAAGACAAAACAAAAAAAUGUCGUCGACGAAUCUGAUGUUGAUAAGAAGUCUAAAAAACGCGCCAAGGAUGCGAGUAGCGAAAGGUCAAGGUCUGAGAAGGUUGAAAACAAGCUCAAGUCCAAAAAAGUCGAUUCUGAGGAUUCCCAAGAUGAUAGUUCGGAUACUGAUGCAAAAUCUAAGAAGAAAAACACUAAACGUGAUACUUCUAGUUCAGAAAAAGACCCAAAACGCGGUAAAAAAACUGACUCUAUUAAGGAAAAAGCCUUAUCACCAGAAGUUGCUAAAUUAAAGAAAGUAGAGGAUAAACCAGCAAAAGUGAAAGUAGACGAUGCUAAACCUAAAUCUCGUGACGAAAAUGAGAAAAAACCUAAAAAGAGGGAAAAGGAAGAGUCCUCUUCUGAAAGUGACCAGGUGUCAAAGAAGAAAGCAAGGAAGAAGGUAACAGACUCAGAGUCAGAUUCAGACAGUGAUGAACCUAAGAAAUCCAAGAAAAAUAAGAAACAUAAGAAGCAUUCUAAAAAGCAUAAGAAACACAAGAAGCAUAAGAAAUCAUCAAAGAAAAAAGAGGAUUCUUCUGAUAGCGAUGAAGCCGAGGAAGAAGAGGAAGAAGGAAAAGUUAAUAACGAAGAUUUGGAGAAGAAACUGAGAGAGAGAGCAUUGAAGUCGAUGAAGAAACAAACUAGUGUUUCUGGAUCCGAUUAGUGUUCGUUUUUUUUUCUAUUUGACUUCUAAGAAAAAUUUCAUUGAACGUACAGCAUGUUAUUAAAAUAUUUUAAUGAAUUUGCUGAAACGAUUUUAAUUAACAUAUAUUUCAUAUUGUUAGUAAUAAUAAAUAAAAUAAUACGAA